AUGAAGGCAAAUGCCUCCUCCGUGUGGGCUUCAUGCUGUGGUUUGCUGAAUGAAGUCAUGGGAACAGGGGCCGUCCGGGGCCAACAGCCAGGCUUUGGGGCAGGUGCUGGACCUUUCCGAUUUGCCCCCAGUGCAGGAUACUCCACAUACCCCCCUCCCAGCUCAGGGAGUCCCAACCUUUUGUGCAGGGCUUGUGGCCAAGGCUUUUCUGUCUUCAGGAGAAAGUAUAUUUGCUGUGACUGCAAGAAAAGCUUCUGCUCCAUGUGCACGGUACUGCAGGAGAAUCUGCGCAUCUGUGCCACAUGUCAUCUUCUGAAAGCGACAUGUUUCCAGCGGCCAAGACUCAUGCGUCUGCGAGUCAAAGACCUGCGCCAGUACCUGCAGCUUCGUAACAUCCCUACAGACACAUGCAGGGAGAAAGAAGACCUGGUGGAGCUGGUGCUGUGUCACCAAGGCAUCGGCGAGGUGGACUCCAAUAGGCUUCAGUCACGCACUCUGUACUCCCCCACUCUCUCCCCCACACAGUCUGCCUCCGAACUGUCCACCUUCCCCGUCUCUCAGGAGGGGCCGCUCAGUCGAAGCGACAGCUCUGAUACCACCCCAGAAGCCGACGCUGCAUCAACAUCUCUUCUUCACAUGGAUCAGAGUGAACACACGCCUGAGCCGAGUCCUCAAACAAGGCGUCGAGCCCGUGCCUCUCUGUCAGACAUAUCCAGCCUGGGGGACAUUGAAGACCUCUCUGUUCGGCAACUCAAAGAAAUCUUGGCCAGGAACUUUGUAAACUAUUCUGGGUGCUGUGAGAAGUGGGAGCUGGUGGAGCGUGUCAGGCGACUGUAUCGUGAAACUGAGGAAAACCGGCAAUCAAUGGAAAACGUGAGCGGCACAAUAACCACAGUAAUGGCCUUACCCCCUUCUAUCUGCAAUGGUACUGAUGGAGAUGGUGAAAAGGUUCCGUUAACCAUUUUUGACGAUAACCUCUGCCGGAUAUGCAUGGACGCUGUGAUUGACUGUGUUCUGCUAGAGUGUGGUCACAUGGUCACCUGCACAAAGUGUGGAAAAAGGAUGAAUGAGUGCCCCAUCUGUCGGCAACGUGUCCAGGCCGCCUCUCCCAAGAGCGCCAACACCUCUCCACACAACCCCCCCUGCAGACGAGUUCUCAUCGAGGUCCGGAUAGCACCUGGCUCCCGGGCUGUCCGGCGCCACCACCAGGAUGGAGACCCCCUCCGUCCUCACCCUGUAAAGCAGGGCUGCCAAGAGCCGGAGAGGCGGGAAGGUGUAGAGGAGACCGUUGGGCCACGACCGAGUUCCCCGGAGCCCCGACUGUUCCGAUACGGUGACAACAUGGGUCAAGGGAAGCACAGCGGGAUGGGAGGAGGGAGAAAGGCCUGA